UUUAUUCAGCUAAAGAGGUCAUUGGGCUCUUAUCUCAUGUUGUUGCUUGUGCAGGAGGGGGGGUAUAAUCAAACUUCUUCUCGCUGCUUGGACGCAUUCUUCCAUUAUAUCCUUUGAGACCCUGGACAGCAUUUCGUUAUCGAGCGCGAACGCUUGCAGCUGGAUUCGGAUAUUUAGUUGCGGGUAACCUGUGUGUAGUGCGAGUAAAGUUGCUCGGUCGCGUCGGGUCAUCAAGGCUUUCUGGUCGUUGCUUGGUUUUACGGACUAUGCAACUAUGAGUUACCAAGAAUCUAAAACCUCUUACUAUGGCGGUUCCCCAGAACCUGGUUUAAGUUCUGUUAUAAAGAGAUUGGAAGAUCAACAUCUGAACGGUGAUCCUGGCUCAAGAAGCCCAACAGUUCCUACUAAAAUUCGAGAUAUCGUCACCAAAAGCAUCUCCCCUGUUGAACAUAAAAUGGCCGGUAGUAGCCUCGGAGAUGAGUCUCGCAUGUACCAGUCUGAAAUAAGCCGACUGGAAGACCUUCUAGCGGCUACAAGAGCUGAAAGAGAUGAAGUUGGUUCUAAAUACAUGGCCGUAAGCGAGAGGCUUGAGGGCUACAUGAAGGGAGGAAGCCCUGAGCGCUAUGCAUCAACCAGCCCUUCCAUGACCACAGAUGGCCCAGCUCUUGGUGACAGCAGUUUGACCCAACAAGUUUCUUACUUAAAGAACAAGCUGGAAGAUGAACACACCAAUUACAAGCGUAAGCUACAGGCCUACCAAGACGGACAACAGAGACAAGCUCAACUCAUUCAAAAACUCCAACAGAAGGUUUUGCAAUACAAAAGAAAAUGUGGUGAGCUUGAAUCAAGCAUGAAUGAGAAAACAACAGCAGAGGAAAAUGCCAAAAGACAGUUGCAAUCCUUGAACGACAGCUUGAAAGAGAAGGAGGCUCGUCUCAAGGAGACUGAGGAAGAGCACAGCAGUGAUCUAGAGAAUGCACUGAUUAGACUUGAAGAAGAAAACCAAAGGAGUUCCAGCCUGCAGCAUGUGAACAACAUGCUGCGUGAACAGCUUGAGCAAGCGACAAUGGCUAACCAGCAGCUAACCCUGGAUGUGCAGAAGCUGACAAAUGACUGGAAUAAGGCACGGGAGGAGAUAGAGUCUCGUGACGAGGAGGAGCAAGCCUAUUUCACCAAUGAGCAUGCUAGGUUGAUGGACUUGUGGAAAUCACUGAAUGGAUUCCGUCGCCAGUUCAGUGAGAUGAAGUCUGCUACACAGAGGGAUCUGUCAGCAGUACGCGCUGAAGUGAACAAGUCAGUGCGAGUUGUUCAAGGUGCUUGUAUGGAUCUUGAUAAGAACCUCCGUGGCAUGGAUGCCAACACACAGGCUUCUUUGGAAGAGGAGAGAAACAGGAGACAGAAGGCGGAAGAGCAGCUCCGUGAUAAAGUAAAGGAAUUCAUGGAUCUUCAGCACAAAUAUGACAAUGAGAAAGCAGCACUCACUGAUAAGAUCAAUGAGCUGACAAAUGCUAAGCAGAAGGCAGAAAUCCAGGUUGAGGAGCACAUAAAGGCUGUGGAUGAGACCAAGAAGAGGCUACAGAGCUUGGAGAGUGGCUAUGCCCGUCAGUCAGAGGAGUGGGAGACUCAGAGUGAGGCAGGCAUGGCUGCAAUUCGCGAGGAAGCGGACAUGCUCAGCAACACCCUGAGAGAGGUGGUCACAGCAAUCAAGAAUGACACUGACGCUUCUGCACGAACCCUUGGCUCACCUGGUCCUGAUGUUGAGGAUCAGAUGGACAGCUUCCUUCAGGAGGAGGAAGAUUCUGGGUUCCGCCGCUCUGUGUCCCCAUCAAGGGCAUCCCGCAUGCGGUCCAUGUCACCCACACGAGCCCGCUCCCCUGCAAUGUCUGAUAAUGCGUUGGCAACUGUGAAUUCUUGUUUGCACAAGCGGAACCUGCAGCUACAGGAACUGAAGGCACGUGCCGAUGCCGCUCGUGAGGCGGCCACUUCCUGUAAGAAGCAGUUUGAUGAGAGUGAAAACCAGCGCCGCCAGCUUGAGAAAGCACUGGCUGCAGCACGCGAAGAGGUCCACUCUGUGAACCAAAAGGUGACUGAAGCAUCACAGGACCGCGGCCGCUUCAAGGCUCAGGCUGAAGUCGUGGCGACCGAGAAGCAGAACCUAGAAAAGAUGCGGCAGUCGCUCAAUGAACAGGUAGAAGGUCUAUCUGCUGAAAAGGAGAAACUUCAGGCUGCCAACAACGAGCUGCAGAGGCAGCGUGACAACCUGGAGGACGACAAGGAGGACCUGCAAAGGGAAGUCGAGAGGAUGGCCAAGGAGAUUAACCGAUCACAGCAAGUGACAGAACAGCUGGAGAACAAGCAGUCUUCUCUCAAGGAGGAAAUAGUCAACCUAAAGGAGCAGUUGUCACGUGCACUGCUCGACAAAGAGGUUCUUGAGCAGGAGAAGGGUCACGUGUCUGACGUACUUAGCAAGUCCGAGGUGCAACGCGCCGAACUCGAGCUUGAGAUUGGUAAGAUGAAGUCCGAGGAAAUUGCGUUGCGUGAUGCACUUGUAAAGCUACAGUCCCUGAACGAAGGGCUUGGUCAAGACAAACUCGAGCUCAACAAGAUCAUCAGGCAAAUGGAGGCCGAGAAGCUCGCCAUCACGCAAGAGAAGCGUGACGUGGAAGCAGAGAAGCAUAGCAUCCGCCAAGAGCUUAUCCGUGUGGAGCAGGAGAAGGUUGACCUAGACACGGAGAGGUCCACGCUAGACCAGAACCUCAGUCUGCACGAGCAGAGCCGCGAGAAGCUAGAGCAGGAAUUGAUUAUUGCCAACCGUGAGCGCGUUGAGCUGGGAGAUGCCUUGAAUCAGACGACACGCGAGAGAGACAACCUUCAUGACGAGCUUGUUCAGACGAGGCGGGAGGUGGAGAGACAGAGCACAAACGUGGUCCGCCUCGCAAAGGAGAAGGAGGAACUUACGAGGGAGAAGUCUAGUCUUACUGUUCAGGUGAACUCCUCAGAGCGAGAGAACCGCGCUCUCGCCGAGAACAUUGCCAGUAUGAAAAGCGAGAAGGAGUCUCUUGAGACAGCGCUUUACGAGUUACAGCAGACCUCCACCAAGCUGGAGUCCCGCAAAGAAGCCCUAGAGGCAGAGAACCAGGAAUUGCUGCUUGCCAAGGAGGCACUGGCCGUGGACCUUCAGCGGGUCAGGAAAGAAAAGGAGAUUGAGGAGGCCAAACUACAGAAGGACAAGGAGCUCCUGGAACAGAGGUUAAACCAGACACAGCGCGACGGAGAAGUUGCGCUCAAGCGCUCAGAGCAGAAGCACGAGGAGGAGGCCGAGAGGUUGGUGCGGGAGAAGGAGAGCGCCUUGGUACAGGCUAACCAGGAGAAGGAGGAGGUCUUCAAUGCUCUCACCAACGAAAAGAACGAACUGGCAAAGAGACUCGAUAGGGAGAAGGCUUUACUUGUCAAUGAGAUCGCGAUCAUCCAGAAAGAGCGAGACGAUCAGCUGUUGAUGGCCGAGAACGAGAAGCAGCAAGCUCUUCACGUGGCCGCCAACGAGAAGGCUACUCUUGUCGAAAAGAUGACCAAACUCGGACAGGACAAGGAGAACGUUGGUGUGGAACUAGACCGCAUCAAGCGCGAGUCGUACAGCCGCGCGGAGCAAGACAAGGCUACCAUUACACGCACUCAGGAUGAGCUGAGGAACGCGCGAGGAAGACUCGAAGACCUCAGCAAACAGUACCAACAAGAGGCCGCUGCCCUUAAGACUCAGAUCCAGGAGCUGACCAAGGUGAAGGAGAACGCCCUGCGGGAGAUCAGCGAGCUCAAACUGCAGCUGAAGAUGGCGGAGGAGGCGAGGGACGGCGUCAGACGCGAGCUGAUUGAUGCCCAUCGCAAGAUCCGCGAAGGCGAGGAGGCCAGGGAAGUCGCAAGAAAGGAGAAUACUGACCUCAAGAGGCAGCUGAAGGAUGAGGAGAGGGAGAAGGAUGCCGUGUCACACACCGCCAACGAGCUCAGAGGAAAGGUAAAGAAGUCCGAGGCCGAGAAGACGAACCUUCGUCGACAGCUGGAUGAGGCGUCCCAGAAGAUCGCUUCUCUGGAGGAGACACGUAACGGACUGCAGAAGGAGGCCGGAGACUUAAGGGGAAGCCUGAGAGAAGUGGAGAAGGCGAGACUGGAGGCCAGGAGAGAGCUCCAGCAGCUUCACAAUCAGGUCAAGAUGCUUGACGGUGAAUGCCUUAAGAGUAAGAAGGAGAUCUCAGAUCUGAAGGACCAGCUUGCCAAAGACGAGCACCUUCUAAACGAGGUUAGACGUGACAACCACAAUCUGAAGCAGCGCCUCGCCGACUCGGACGGACAGAAGGAGGCGGCCAAGCGGGAGAUCGCCAACCUCAGCCGCAAGAUGGCAGAGACCGAGGAAGACAACCGAGUCAGGGAGAAAGAUUUGACAACGGCCCUGGACGAGUCUAGGCGCGCUGAAGCCAAGGCCGUAGACAAGGUCAAGAAUCUCGAAAACAUCCUGGACAAUGCUAACCAGGACAACAGCGACCUGAAGCUGAAGAUGAGUGGAGCUGAGGGCCGCAUCACUGGCCUUGAGGCACAGCUAGCUAGGAUGGAAGGCGCUAAGAACGACCUCGAGUUCAAGCUUGCAAGUCUUCAUUCAACACUCCGUCGCACACUCGGUAUCAGGCCUCCAGGAGAAAAUAGUGGAAGGUCCCCAUCACCUUCUCGCACCCGUAGCCCCAGUCCCCGGCGCCGCAUGUUCGGUCGCAGUCGAUCGCGUUCGCCUGAGAAGAGCAUGGACGACACCGAUGCAGGCGGUCGCCCUUCCUCGCCUAUCCGCCAGCUCUCCCCGUCUAGAUCCGGCGAUAUGUCCAUGUCUGGCGAGAUCGAUCCCGAGACCGUGCGGGUCGCGCUGCGGGACUUCGCCCAGAGCAUGAAGGAGGCCGAGAGAGAGCGGGACGAGGCUGUGACACGCGCUAAUAACUUGCAGCGCGCGCUUGCCGAGUUGGAAGAAGAGCGGACUCGUAUGGACCAGCGUAUGCAGAGCAUCCAGAAAUCCCUUGGUGAGUCUGAAGAAGAGCGCCGCGGUGCUGAUGGCCGCCUGAGUAGUGCCCAGACUGCGCUCAUGCUUCAAGAAGAGACCAUAAGGAGACUUGAACGAGAGCGCAAGGCUCUCAACGAGAAGAUCACCGCACUCGACUCCAGUCUCGCGCAGGCAGAGGGUGACCGCCGACAGCUGAGAGACAAGGUGGCGAACUUGCAACAGAGCGAGAGUAAGAGCGACCAGGAGAAAGAGGCGAUGCGCGCGCAGAUUGAGAAUACGGAGUCGAGGCUUACGAAGGUGGAACUGAAGAAGAGGUCCGUGGAGGGUGACAUUGAGCGACUGCGAAUGCUGAACUCGGAGAAUGAGGCGGAGAAGAUCGCUCUUCAGGAGCGAAUUGACCAGAUGCUUAAAUCUCAGCAAGAGCUGGAGUCACGCGCGACUUCUCUUCAGCUGACGGUGGAUAGGCUGACCCUGGCGCUCGCCAAGACCGAGGAAGAGGAGAUGGCAUUCAAGAACAAGGUGACAGAGCUGUCCAUGUCCCUGAAUGACAGCAACAGCACCUCGCAGUCGCUACAGGAGAGGAUCCAGCAGCUCCAGCGUGCCCUGACCAAUAGCGAGCACGACCGCAAGAUCAUGCAGGAGCGCCUGGAGGCGCUCAAGAACGCCCAGCAGGAGGCCAAGGGCCGUAACAAUAUGCUACAGGACCGCAUGCAACAGAUGAAGAACGAACAGGCUGAUGCCGAUGUGCGACGCAUGGAACUUGAAGGCCAGAUCCGCCAGCUGCAGCAGAUGCUGCGACAACAGAAGGAGGCCGAGGAGGAACUGGUAGCGAGGAUUGGCAAGCUACAAGAGGAGAAGCGUGAGCUCCAGGAACGCCUGGCGAAAUUCCAACGCUCGGUGGCCGCGGCCGAGCAGGAGAAAAGGGAACUGGAGCGAGCUCAUGUGCGUCUGGAGAAGGAUAAGAAGGCUCUUCGUAACACCCUCGACAAGAUUGAACGCGAAAAGCUCGAGACGGACGAGACGAACACGCGUCUGCGCGAUGACCGCGAGCGUCUUGAUCGAUCCAGCGCGAACUUCGAGCACGAGAACCAAGAGCUGCAUCGCCAGAUUCAGAUACUACAGCAGCAGCUGGCCGAGACAGAGCAGUCCCACGCGCGUAAACUCGUGGAAGUGACGUCACGCCACCGUCAGGAGAUCGAGAUGGAGGGCGAUCGCGCGCGUCAGUCUCAGGGCCAACUAGAGAAGACUCAAAUGGCUCGCGAGCGUGCACACAAGCAAAGAGUCAAGGGUUUGGAGGAGCAGGUGGCCACACUGAAAGACCAGCUCGCCAAAGAAUUACAGAAGAAGCAGUCGUACCUAACCCGCACUGCUCAGAAAUCCGACGAGAUCAAGGACCUGCGCAGUAAGCUUGAGGAUUCCCUGAACAUCGUGGCACGUGACACUAUCUAUGAGCCCACGGUGCUUGACCGCGAGUCGCAGAAACUCGAAGAGUCCCUUGUGGAUGGGUCUUACGGAUCGAUCCGCCCAAAGUCCGCCUCACCCCCGCCAAGAUACUCGGCUGACAAAUUCGCUACCAGUACCCCAGCCUCGCCAAUGCGUCGCUCGGUCACGUCCAGGAGACCUGGGCCCGGCGUCAGCCCCUUACGCAAGACCAGGAAGUCAAACACUUAGUCGACUACGGACUGUGCUAGUCAAGUAUGAAGUUGUACUAUAAUAGUUUCAGAUGAGAUAGCAUUGUAACGAUAAGAAGUUUUUAAGCGUGUAUAGAGAAACCGAGCAUUACCAGGAAAGAUUUUUUAACUUUUAAAACAGACACAAAUUAUCCUUUUUAGACAAGAGCUUUACCUUCAUUCUCUUGUGACCUUACCGCUGGCUUUGCAAGGAUUUUAUAUUGAAAAUGUCUAAUAAAUGAUAAAGUAGAAUAGAUAAAUAGUUAGAGAAAGUAACAGAGUGAUUAUUGGACUUUUGUGAUGGAAGUUCUUUUAUUUUCAAAUCCAUUUAUCGUCAUACGUACGUAUUUCAGUUUGAUUUUAAGACUGGUUUUUCAUGAGACUCAUCAGCCUGAACCUGUUAUGCCGGUCUCUAUCCAGCGACGUCUGCAGACAUGCCUAUCAGUCUCAUGCAGAGCUUUAUGUUAGUAAGAGUACGAUUUUUAACCAGAACGGCAGCAUAUUGGGUCGUUUUUAGUAUUUAUUUCCUGCAUGUUUUAACGAAUUGUUAUAUUACGAUCAUGUAACUUAUGUGAUGAGUGCAACCAAUAAAGUUUUAAAUGCCCAAAA